GGAGACCGGGGCCGGCUCGGAGACACCGGCGGGGGCGCCUCUUCCUCGCAGCGGGAGCUGCUGCGCGCCGGUAGCGGCUCGCCUGCCCGCUCCAGCGCUUCCCUUCCGUCCCUGCACCCUGGUACCGACGCCGCCGGGCGAGGACCGAGCCCUGGCGGACCCGACGCCCCUUCCAUGCCUCUCCAAGCCCGUUUGCCAGCAGGUGGAAUGGACCAGUCAUGAAUGGUGAUGCCUUUUGUCAAGAUCCUCCCUCCCAGCUUCCCGACUGGAGGGAAUUCUGUGAGCUGCACGCCCAGGCUGCUGCAGUGGACUUUGCUCAAAAGUUCUGCCAGUUCCUGAAGGAGAAUCCACACUACGACACCCCCGGGGCAGAGACCUCCUUCUCCCACCACUUUGCCGCCAACUUCUUGGACAUCUUCAGCUUGGAAGUCAACAGGGUGUUCGUUUCCAAUUCCCCCACCAAAUACAACAUCGUGCCAUUUGUCGGGCUUCAAAACUGCCACAUGCCUUACGGACAGGACCUCCUGCCAAGGAAGGAGCAGGCCUCUACGGAGUCCCUCGACAGCAUGGACAACCCCGUCUCCUCCGGCAGGUACCUGAGCCAAUCGCAGCAGGUCCAGGCCCGCAAGGUCUCCUCCUACGGCCAAUCCCGGAGUUCGGAGGAUGUCUCCGUCCACUCCACCUCCAAGCCGAAGUUCAAGAAAGGCUUUUCCCUGAGGAAUAUGAGCUUGUGCGUGGUGGAUGGCAUGAAGGAGAUGUGGCACAGGAGGUCUUCUCCGGAGCCCGGUGCAGAAGCCACGCAAAGCAGGCGGUCCGACAGGGAACACUGCCCUCCCGGGAACAAGGAGCAUGGCGAUUCCAGGGAGAAAUGGACCCACAAGCUGCGCCUUUCGAAGGGGCAGUCUUCCAAGGUGGAUCUGCUGGACAUUCAGAGGGAAGGGACCCUCCGCUACAUGGUCGCUGACGAUACGAACUGUGUGGGGAGCUCUCAGUGGCAAAAGUGCCGGUUGUUGCUAAGGAAAGCUGUGAAGCUGGAGGGAGAAAAGUUCCUUCUCGAGUUUUUCGUUCCUCCCAAGGCUUCCAAAGCGAAGGUCAGCAUCCCUCUGUCGGCCAUUAUCGAGGUGCGCACGACUAUGCCCUUGGAGAUGCCAGACAAGGACAACACCUUUGUGCUGAAGGUAGAAAACGGUGCUGAGUAUAUCUUGGAAACGAUUGAUUCGUUGCAGAAACACUCCUGGGUGGCAGAUAUACAAGACUGCAUAGAUCCUGGAGACAGUGGGGACGACAUCGAACUCUCCUCCUGCACCCAGGGGGCCUGCCUGCCAAGCAGAGUGUCCUCUUGUAGCUGCGAGUUCCUGGCUGGUGAUACCUCCCGGUUUCAGGACAGAUGUGCAGGCUCUGCUGCCCCAGACACUAUGCCAAAUCCUGCCACUGUUGUCACAGCACCGCAUGGUCGGAUCAGGGACUCUGCAGGAGAAUACAGAGCUCAUGUGCCAUUGGAUAAUUUCCUACAGACAUUGGAGUCAUCAGCUGCCAGUAGCCAAACUGCAGGGGAGGAAAGCGAGACGGAAGCGGAGCUCAACCUUCUGGACUUCCCUUGGUUCCAUGGGACGCUAUCACGGGUCAAAGCUGCUCAGCUGGUCCUGUUCGGUGGAGCCAGAAGCCAUGGGCUGUUUGUCAUUCGACAGAGUGAAACACGGCCAGGCGAAUACGUGCUGACCUUUAACUUCCAAGGGAAAGCCAAGCACCUGCGCCUGUCCUUGAAUGAAAACGGCCAGUGCCACGUCCAACAUCUCUGGUUCCAGACUAUCUUUGAUAUGCUGAGGCAUUUUCACAUGCACCCCAUACCCCUGGAGUCAGGCGGUUCCGCUGAUAUAACACUCCGCAGCUACGUGGUGGCCCAGAGUCCCUUGCCGGAGGUCAGCCCGUCCCCCGCUGUGGCCUCUCAACAGCCCACUUGCAGAAACGACCUGCAGUCGCAACACUACUUCUCCAGCUUUGUCCCUGUCACCUUCCAGCCGGCCUCCCCUUCUGAGGGCACCACUUCCUCUUCCUCCUCCUCGGCCAGCCACUCGCUGUACCAUCGGAUGGAGGGGACCCUGAGCGCCCGAAGCCGGAGCAACAGCACCGGGCGCCUAUUCGAUUCUGCCGCCAUUGGGGCAGAGGAUUACCACGAAAGCGAGGGCUCACGCAACAGAACCAGAGCCGUGGAGAACCAAUAUUCAUUCUACUAAUCCUUCUGAUGGGGAAUGGUUGGUUUUCAGCGUGGCCUGGUGUCUCUCUUUUCCCUCCCUCCUGGGUGGGGAGAUCUAAUAAGCCUGUUGAGGUUACUGCCUCUUCGCUGGUUUACUGCUUAUCACAACAGUUUUGGCAUUCUCCUGGCCUGUGUGUGUGUGUGUGUGUGUGUGUGUGUCACCUCCAUCUCUUUGGCCUUCAAAGCGUUUCCUUCCCUGUCUUGUUCCCAUACUACGAACUGAAGUUGGCCCUUCCUAUUCCUGUCUGGGCCAGAAGGAUGGCCAAUUAUAGCAAGCUCUUGAAGCUAAAGGACAGAGGAGUGAAAAAUACACCCACCCUCCUGAUGGUUGCCACCUGGAUAUCGGGAGCAUGAUCCAGAAAUAGGGAUGCUCUUUCCUGCAUCUCUAUGGAGCCAGGCCUCUUUACCUGUUAUUUGUUCCCACCUGUUUGUUCCCACAUUUGUUUACCUGUUAUUUGUUCAGAUGGAAACAGGAAGUGUUUGUAAAACUUUUAACUGCAUUGGGACUGAGCCCCCUAGUAGCUAACUCAUCACCAAGACCCAAGGGUUUUAGAGGGAAAGCUAACAAAGGAACUAUUUCUUGGAUUGCUGCUGUCUUGUGCGGUGUGGGUUCUGUGGUCCUCUUCAUCUUCACUGUAAAAAGUUUGGGCUCAUGAUACUCUUCAUCUUCUCCUCCUCCUGAAGAACUCCACAUUUGGUGCUGGAGUACAGUUGUGUGCAAAGGAUGUAUGGUGCUGCCUGACAUAGAUGCAAACCAGAGGCAGAGGUUGCCCAAGGACAGGUACCAGUUGCUUUCUUUUGGUGUGGACUAGAUGCACCCAGAAAUCUGACGUCAUAAGGGCUUCUACUCUGAGCAAUCACUGUGGAGGAAUGGCCACACAGUGUUCACCUACUUUUAUGGUGUAUCUGCAUGAUGACAUGCUCCUCCCAUGUGUUUUUCCCCCUGUUCAGCUUCCAUUUUUGUAUGUGCAGAUAAUCCAACUCUUAAAAGAAAACCCACAGAAAACCCCACAAUGGAACAGUUAUCUAGUUUCCCCAGGACCAGCUGGCCUAUUGUGCUGCUAUUUAGUAGCUUCCUUGGCUGGAUAUGGCCUCUAUUGAUUGCUGCAGACUUUUAUUUCUCUAUAUAGUCCAUCUCUCUUCUCUAGGAAUGAACUCUGUUACUUGUACCUCUUCCCAUUCCAAACAGUGUUCAUUUAUUUAUUUCUGUUUCUUUUCUCUCCCUGCCCACCCCGCCCCGCUCCAAAAAAAUGUAAUUAAAAAAUAGAGGAGAAUUGGGAGUGCAGUGAGGGUGGGGAAAGCAGUAUUUAACCCCUUCCCCACAAAAUGUUUAAUUUUAAACUACCUUUCGGAAUACAUUGCCCUCAAAAGAUGGUAUACAAAUAAAUAAAUAAAUAAAUUCCAUAACACAACAUAACAAUAUAUAAAAACAACAAGGUAUAAAUCACUGUACACCCCUGUAAAAACGAGCAUGGACAAUUGCUCAAAGCCCAACAAUCGAUCAUAUGCAGACACACACACCUCUUUAGAGCUCUCUCAAAAACCAACAAAGAUAGGCUGGACUUAUUUGCUAGGGAAAGGUUCCAUAAAAGCUGGGAUAGCUCCGUUGGCAGAGCAUGAGAAUCUUAAUCUCAGGGUCGUGGGUUUGAGCCUCACGUUGGGCCAAAGAUUCCUGCUUAAUAGCCUUAUCCUCCGCAAAUACGUAUUUCAAAGCCAUUCAAAUUGGUGGUCAUUACUGCAUCUUGCAGCAGCAAAUUCUGUAGCUUAACUGCACAGUGUAAAGAACUCCUUCCUUUUCUCUGUCCUCAAUCUGCCACCCUUCAGUUUCAUGGAUGGCCCUGGUGGUUAGGCAAGAGCAACAAAAACCUUCCUCUAUCCACUUUCUCCAUGCCAUAUAUAAUUUUAUACACCUCUCUCAUCUCUCCCCUCCCUUGCUCCCCCCCCCCAAACUACUAGCUAAGCUACACAUCAACCCAGAAUCAAAAUCAAGUGGGAUGUUGGAGAUAAGGGAGGGGUGGUAGUCUCUCACUGUUCCAGCACCUGUGUGUAAAUACCGAAACUGAUGAAACUACUGUGUUGGGUUUGCAACACGGCUAGUGCAAUCCUGUUUAUGUUUACUUGAAAAGAAGCCUUGCUAUGUUCAUUUGACCCUUGCUUCCACUGAGUCUGUUUAGGAUUGCAGUCUAAACCAGGGAGAUUGGAGAGAUGUGUCACUUAGCAGCCACUCUUAGAGAAAUGUUUGCUCUUACUAGCCUGUCACAUUGUCACUCACCUAUCAGAUCAGCUUGGCAAUGUAACAGCAGUACUGUGGUUUCAAAACAUGCCCAAGUGAUAAUUGUGUACGAAGGCAGUAAUUCCAGAUGUGAGAUAUUCAUUCCUUUGACUAAAAAAAAGUUCCUGUUAGAAGGAAGAAAGGAAGGAAAAUACAUAGUUAUAAUAGGAUCAAAUUAGAAGACUGACUUCAAAUAUUAAUAUUAGUUUAAAUAUAAACCAAAAUAAUUCCUAUCAAUAUUACAUGAGCACGUGCAAUAAAGAUGUUGCACCAAAGGGAGUUUCCAAAUGAGUAAUUUGUGUUAAAUUGGCCAAAGUUGUCCUUAAUUUGUAGGUGAUCUUACAUUUGUCCCACGCUGAAGAACAACUAUUUGUCCCAUCAGUGUUUUUAGGCAAACACCACAACUAUGAGAGCUAAGAAUGCAGAAUGCAAAACCACCUUGCCUAUUUGUUUUCUUGGGACCGGUUCUCAGUUGGUAGCCAUACCACCUACCCGUUUCCAGGUUUUUCUUUAAGAUUUCUGGGAAACUUGACGGAAGUGGUGCCUUUCCAUUCUUCACACCAGGAACAGUUGUCAUGGGCAGCUGCUGAUUGCACCUCUUCCUUUAAAUAAAGUUCUGAAUCGUGGCAUUUGAUCAUUAGUACCUUUUAGAGCAGCAAGCCACGGACACAAACUGCCAUCCUAUGAGAUAAAUUCCUCUUGACUUUAAAAGCAAGGACCUGUCUUUAUGUCUAUAAAUGAAGGCAUUGCAGCCUUAUUGUGCGGGGAUGUAAUAUACUGGGAAUUUUUUUUGCAACAGGGAUACAUGGUACAAUGCGAUGCAAAAGCAAGGAGGGAACCUUUGUAGAUAACCUCAUAUCUGCUCCACCACCACCCCUCAAGAAAUGGAUUGUCGUUGUUCAGAAGAGCUAUAGUCCACUGCUGGGCCCUUCUCCAUGGAGAACAAUCAGGCUGGAAUUGCACCCUUGUCCAUAUUGAUUUCUUCUGUGCCAAUCAGAACGUAGGAAGAAAAUGAGGACCGGAGGAGCCGCAAUUACAAAAUGAAAUGUUAAUUUGUAAAUACGAUUUUUUUAAAAUGUGAAAAAAAAGUUUUAAUGUGCUGUAGAAUAAAUUAAUUUAUUUACAAAAAAAACACUUGUAAAAGAACUGGAAAAAAUAAUGGUGUUCUGAUCUUUCUUUGAGGGGUGCAGGGAAUAAAAUAAGCUUUGAACAAGCUAGAACAUUGGAAGUACUAUAAGAUUUUAUUGGUGUGGCUAAAUAUUAUUGAUUUAUUCCAUUAAUACGCUGCCCUUUAUCAGAAGUUUCCAGGGCUGUGUACAACAUUAAAACUACAUUACAGAACAUCGAUGAUAAAAACAUAGUAGUAGACAGCCUAAUAAUAAAAUAACCAUCGUAAUGACAGUCUGCUUUCCCCACACUUUCACAGGCCAUAGAUUAUUUAAUAGCCAUAGGCCUGGGUGAAGAUGAAUGUUUUUGGCUGGUAACUGAUGUAAAAAUUGGGCUUUGGCUGCCCAACUCCCCAUGGGACUCUUGAGUCCCCUAAGUCCAUGAUCGGUCAGAGAAGAAUGGAUGGAG